ACGACGCCACCGACGACGACGACGCCACCGCCCGCGCCCGGCGUGCUCACGGGCACGGCGCGGCAAAAUGCAUUCGCCGCGGCGGUGAGCACGUCCAAGAUAUCGUUGCUUCCGCCGCAGGGAAUCGUCACUUCGUCGUCGGCGGCGCGAGUCGACGGGCGCGUGCUCGCGGCUGUGGAGCAGCCGAUCAACGUGUCUUCGUUCGCCGCGGACGCCGAUUACAACACGCAGCCGGAGGCGACGACGUACGUCAACAGCAUCACCGAUGAAGUCUUUGGCACGGCGAACAUGAUUCUUUGCUUCAUCAGCUCGACGAACUGGACGCAAAAUUUGAACACCGGAGCGUACGUCGCUGAACUCGAUCCGUAUCACUGCGAAAACUCCGAGGGUAACAGAAUCAAGGGCCAGAUCACUUACCGCUGGGUCGUGAACGCAACCGGACCAGAUCUCGAUGAUCCAAACGAUCCGCUCGUCGAGUUCAGGGCGAACAUCUGGGUGCAUCUGUCUGAUAAUCCUUACAUGCCUUUUGUCGAUACGCAAAUCGUCGUGAAACGCGAAGACGUCGUCGUGAAAGAGAGCAAGGUGUUCAUAAAAAAGUUGGCAUUCACGUAUAAGAACGGCGCUGCCACCAUACCUGGUUAUGGUGACAUCGAUUCCGGUGCGGGGAUGAAAGGCGUGCUCAUUCAAGAGUGCGCAAUUGGCGCAGGAGAUGCCGACUGCACUUCGCGAUCGCUCACGUGGUACGAGGCGUCCCCAGUUGACGAAGGAGUGAUGCGUGCGAAAUCUAUCACUGAGAAUGGUAUUACAAAGGCCACGUUCGACUCGACGGGCGAAGACUCCUUUUCUGGCAAAAUGGUGACCUCGCCAAAUUUCGCCAAAUUGCAGUUCCGCGACACUACGUAUUGCGACAAGAUGAGCGACAGAGCCUACUUCGGUGAACAAUACGUCGCGUACGAUGAUUCCGGUAAAAAGGUUCGACUGCAAAGUUACGCGAAUCUCAAAGCCACCGGCACCGAUGACGCCACGUAUCACGCGUUUAUGUCGUAUCCGGGAAAUCUCUACGUAUCUGAAUACGACGACGAAGGUAAUAAGCUCGAAGAUGCCGAAAAAGCCUCCGCGAGCGCGGCGUUCAUGGACGGGGAGAGCGUUACCGAAAUCGUUGACUGGAACGAUCCGUCGAAGGACGUCAACUUCAAACUCAAAAUAUCUCGAGGUGUCUUGUACAAGAAGACGAACUCGAUCCAGCCCGCGUCCAACUACAAGGACGCGCCCGUCAUCGGCUGGCUCUGGGAUUCGACCGAAAAUGCGAUGGUGGAGAUCAAGUUUGUCUAUGACUCUUCAUCUGACAAGAUCAUGCUUACGUCGAAGAAACAAUAUUCUUGGGAAACGAAUGAUCUUGCUGACAACACGAUCUCAACUCCGCGGGAUCUCACCAUGGACGACAUAAACAGCGAACCGCUCGGGUGCUACGGAAGCAUCUUCGGCCAAGGCUCGGCGAUUUUGCUCAACUUGACGCACUUCAAGGUUGCCAAGGCGGAGACCAUCACGCCAGGAUCGCUUCCGAAUAACCUCGUUCUCACGUGCAGUGAACAAUGCGCGAACGCGUCGACGUUCGCGACACUCAAUCCGACGACUGAUUAUCAAGGUUCCAUGAUGUACGCUCAACCGAACGGGUACAGCGACGUUCGAAGUACGUACAAGACGUUCACUUUCGACAAAGAUACCGCCAAGCUGACGGAUGACUCUGGCAGCAAUCUCGAAGUCGUGCUCGACGUCACGAACGACUUCUUCAAACAAAACAGCGUUUGGAUGACCCUCUUCGAGGCUACGGACGAUCACGUCGCCGAGUUGGGCUGUUCGGACGGCUCAACAGUUUGCCAGCAUCCGAGCGCGCUUGACGAAUACUACGAGUGGCGUUCGAGCUGGUGGGACGGCAUGGCGUGGCUCGAAGAUCCGAACGACGCCACGAAGAAAAAGUUCAUGCAAGCUCCCCUCGCGCUUCAGGGACAAAUGCCCACGACGGCGAGCGCGAUCCCGCGGACACCGUCCGGCACCAAUUACGCGGGGACGAAUCUCAAUCUGCAAUACGAGGGCGGAUGGAUUAACGGCUUGCCGCAAGUUUGCUUGAACCAAGGAAGCGGCGAUCGAACGGCGCCCGAGUACGAUCAGUGGGGCAACGCGCGGUGCGAUUGGGACAACGGAUACCACCAAGUCCCGGACGUCGCGCUUCCCGACGGCAUCACGCUCGAGGAUCCUUCGACGAGCCCCCCCUCUAAGUACGUCCUCAAGCUCUCGAGCGGCGUGGAACUCCUUCAACGCGCCGACGCGUCGCAGUGCGCGUCGAUGAGCUUCGACGACGCGAUCCAACUUCCCGAGGAGUCCGCCUUCGUCGAUUUCGACAUGCCGUCGAAACCGAACGCGACGACCCUCAUGGUCAAGUCGACCGACAAGGAAUAA